AACAAGUCGAUAUUUCCAUUCUCUUCCGCAGAAAAACAGACAAUUUUUAUAAUUUUGUACAAAUUUUCGCGAAUUUCUGUCGUUUCUCCGUCUCAACGUUCAAACUGAGGCUCGUACUACACUUUUUUACCGCAGCAACUCCAUUCUAAGAACAAAUUCGGUUCUUAUCGCCUUGGACAAAAACGCAUCCCGACAAAAGUCUGCGAGGAAAAAUCACAAAUUGAUGGAAUUUGUUGUCAAAACGCGUUAAAAACUGGAUUUUACCUCGAUUGGUGCGCGAUGAAACAAGUGAAAAUGCGAAAAAAUGAAGGAAAAGUGGAAAAUUUAACGUGAAUUGGACAUCUUUAACUAUUUUUCUCCAUCGAUGUCGUCUCUCUCUCGCCUCUCGUAUCAAUAAAAAAUUGGUAGUGUGGUAUCUGCUCGUCUCACACACCGAACCGUGUGUGUUAUUAUCACCAGCAAUAUAAAUAAAAAUAAAAAAAAAAAGAAAAUUAUUUAUAAAAAUAAAUAAAAGAGCAAGGGAAAAAGGUGAAAAAUUUCAAACAAAACGUCUAAUACGCAACAAUCCAAGUGCGCUAGUGAAGUGAAAAAAAUUUUUCAUUCAACGAUGACAAAAGAAAAUUUCGUUUGACCUGUCGUCGUCGCUCUCUCACGAAGAAUUUUUUUUGUUCGUCGAAUGUUUACAUUUUCAUAAAAUACGAAAAAAAAAAAAAAUUAUUAAAGAACCCAAAAAUAAGUUUCAAGGUGAUUGCAGUGAAUGUGGUGCAGCAUAACGAUUUUUAUUGUUGUUAUUAACAUAAAAUGGAUAUCUAAAUACAAUACAAGCGCAAGAAAUGGAAAUAAAAUCAGUCCGCAGUUCAUCAACGCACUGACUUGACUCAUCGUCGCACCGAGUGACAUCUCUCUCAUCAUCGCAUCGAAAGACACACGAAUUUGCAGUUUUUUACGGUUUUACGGUAGAAUUUCACGCUCUCUCAGGCAAAAUAUUAAAUUUUUAUAGACAAACAUGAUUAAAUCAAUUGGCGUGGAAUCGAUGGGUGGCAAUGCUCUUACGGCGUCCGCUGCAUCAGAUAUCGACGCUGAUUUGUUGUCGGCAAGCAUGAAUAACGCAACUGGCAAUAUUAUGAGUGCGUCGCUCAUGUCAUCCGCUUCGUUUACGUCGUCCGCCAGUCAAGGGAUGAUGGAUGCGAAUAAACAGAUGAUCAGCAGUACGGGAGGAUUGAGCAUCACGCAUGGAGUGACUUCGGGAUCUCCUGCUCGCUUCCCCAAACUCGAAGAAUGCGCUCAUUUCCACUACGAGCGUGUCCAAUUGGGUCGCAUCCACAUCCGUCUCGUUGACGAGUCAAAGAAAAACGAUUGCAACACUUCCCUCAUAACCGACGUCGCAUCUUCAGUCACCGCUCGAACCAAUGCCGGCGAAAAUUUCAUCAUGAAAGUAUCUGCAGGUCGUUCAGAUCCCUUCCUCAUUCGUCGUUCCUUGGAAAAUCUCCGCUCCUUGGACAGCAUUUUGCAUCGUUGCGUCUACGAUCGUCGCAUCAGCGAACUAAAAGACUUGACGGAGCUCGAAGUGCGCGACGACGAACAACUCGAAGACGCCGUUUCCGAAUAUCUCGCGAGAUUUUCGAUGAUCGCCUCGGACAGCAUCACCUGCGGCAGCAUUUUAACGUGGCUCCAACUCGAUAACAAGGGACGACGUCUUCCCGUUGCCGAUCGCGACACAAUGUUGACUAUAAAUACGCCGGCAGUUGGCGCCGCAUACGGCGUUCGAAAGUACAUCGCCCAAGCAUGCGACGAAAUUAGCAUCGAUGUUGGCGACAUGAUUUCCGUCAUUGACAUGCCAUCGCCGGCGGAAAGUGUUUGGUGGCGCGGCAAAAAAUCCCUCGCCCAAAAGAACCAAUACGAGGUCGGAUUCUUUCCGCAAAGCUGCGUUGCGACAAUUGGCGAAAAAGUCCCGCGAAAUAUGCCGCUGCCUGCCCCGCUGGUUGGUUCGCUCGCCUUAUCGCCCACAAAACCGGUUCUGCGAAAGCAUGGAAAGCUGAUUUCUUUCUUCCGCAGCUUCAUUUUGGCUCGCCCGAGUCGUCGACGUCUCAAACAAAGCGGAAUCUACAAAGAACGCGUCUUUUCCUGCGACUUGAGCGAACAUCUGAUGAACAGUCAGCAAGAAAUUCCGGAAGUUUUGCGUCAUUGCGCCGAGUUUAUCGAGAAUUUCGGCAUUGUUGAUGGGAUUUAUCGUCUUUCUGGCAUCACAUCGAACAUCCAAAAGCUCCGGAGGGCCUUCGAUGAGGAACGCGUGCCUGAUUUGACGACUCCUGAGUUCCGACAUGACAUUCACGCCGUCAGUUCGUUGCUGAAAAUGUACUUUCGGGAGCUGCCGAACCCCUUGUGCACGUAUCAGCUGUACGAUCACUUCGUGGAAGCGAUUCAAGCGAAGGUCGAAUGUCCGGAGGAGAAAGUUAGACUUAUCAAGAAGGUCGUACAGAAGCUUCCGCCGCCUCAUUAUCGAACUUUGAAGUAUUUGGCGAUGCAUUUAUUCAAAAUUUCGCGCUAUGGCGAGAGCACGGGCAUGACAGAACGGAAUAUUGCGAUCGUUUGGGCUCCGAAUCUCUUGCGUUCGCCCGCUUUGGAGGCUGGAGGUGUUGCAGCACUCAAAGGAGUUGGCGUUCAAGCAGUUGUCACGGAAUAUUUGAUCAGCAAGUGUGAAGAUAUCUUCGACGAUAGUUACAUCCCGGUCGAUACUUCGUCGAUUUUUGAUGAUUCCCAGCCGCCAUCCUUGAAUAGUGUCCAAAGUGCCAUCGAAAUACGCGAUCAUGAUCUCUUUCUCCCCAUGGAACGCCCAAAAUCCCUCAACGUUGGCGGUCCGAAGCUCAUCACACUCGAAGAGGCGCAAAUUAAGCAAAAUCGCGUAUCGCUGGAAUCGAAAGCGCUGCCUCUGAAUCCAACGGGGCUCCCAACUGGCGUCACGUCGUACAUCGAAGUUGGCGGCGGCCCAGCAAGCCUUCCCGACAAAUAUCACACCGUUUUGCCGCUGCCGAAGAACAAACGGAAAAGCGGCAAUUCGAUAAUGGCGCUUUUUUGUCGUCCCAGCAAGUCGACGAGUACGCAUAAUAUGCAGACGUCGCAAAAUGCGCUCGCAACGACGCCCGAAAAUCCGACGGAGAUGAAGCAAAAACCCUCGAGACCGAUUACGUUGAAGAAGUCGGCGACAGUUUCGUCGCCUACGGUGGCAAUAAGUGCGCCAGUUGACAUGGUGACGUCGGCGGAAGACAUGUUGGAUCCGAAAACGGCGGAAUUGUUGUUGUCCAAACGAUCGAAUUCGAUUGAUAGUUUACGUACUGCGGGUCAUAGUCGGUCCGUGUCGCAUGAUUCGUACUUUGAUUUGUUGCAAUCGCCGUUGAGGGGAUUUAUUACGAUGUGUCCGUCAAGUGAGGCUUCCGAGUUGGGCAUGAAUUUCGACAGAGAAGAAGCAGAUAUGAGGAUUUUCUCGGAAAGUGAGAGUUUGGUUAGUAGUCCUCGUGUCGCAAAGGAGAACGCUCGUCGUACCACAAAAAUCCGCAUUGACGAUCACGGACAAGGAAAUGUGAAUCCCUCGCCGAAGAAACAGCCACGAUUGAACAUUCCCAACUCGAGUUCGUUCAAUGGAUCACAUCACUUGCCCGUAUCGACGCCCGAAACACCCGAAGACGAGUCAUAUUCGAACAAAAAAUACAAAUUCGAAGAUCAACUGAAUCAACUGCAAUUCAUCGACAGCAGCACUCCCGAACACACGGUUCCGACGGGCGUUCAAAACGGUCACGAAAUAUUCACGAGUGUUCAAGUGCACCCCGAGCCCUUCGAAAGACGCGAAAAGUCCGAAACUGUGAAGGAAAGUGGUUCCUUCGAACGCUACAGUUAUCCGUAUUACGCCGCAGGACAGAAAGAAAUGACAAAUUCGACAACGUCUUCGCACAACGAUCGCUACAGCUUACCACCGACAACGAAAAUGACGGUUGAUGAUGAGCAAGACACGAAUAUUUCAUCACGUUCCAAUGAAAAAUCCACAUUGCGACACAGUUACUUGGAAGCCACGAACAGCACGAACGACAUUUUGCGCCAAACGGAGCCUGAAAACGUGCAAAGAUCAAAGUUGAGCAUCAAUACGCCCCAAUCCGAGCAACAUAGUCCCGGAUAUUCGCUGCUCGUGACGUCAACCGGAAGCAGUGACAACAGUUCGUUGAUCGAAACGUUGCGAAAACCCGAAAAAAAUCGCCCUUCAACGCUGGAUUUCGCCCGAAACGGCUUGAAUCACAAGAUGGAGGGACAAAUGUCGACGACAACUAGUCAAUCGUUGACCCCGAGUGACAUCGCGUACUCUCAAAUGUCGCAUCAGCAACCGGAAGUGACCCCAAAAACGGAUGACGAGAACUUUGAAGCGUUACAGGGCGUCUCGGACUUGGGCGGAUUGGAACAUGCCUUCAAUACUUACGAAUAUGUGCGUCCCGGCGACGAAGGAGUCGCCAUUUCGCCGAUAAAUUCGGAGCCCACAACUCCCGUACGAGCGACAAUCAGCAUCACGUACAACCUAAAGUCACCUGUGAAGGAAAAUUCGAAACCGGAAGUCGUUGGAAACGACUACGAGGAGGUUGCGGUGCACGGAAAUGCCGAAAAAGAGGGUUUACUUGAGACGAAUUUCGAUAAUAACGCUGUUUACGAGCAAGUUUGCUUCUUAAAAUCCGCCGUGAAUGAGCUAAAUGACAUGAUUGACGAAAAAUCCGCCGGAAAUGGGGGCGAAGCCAUGGAAACGGAACAGGAAGUGCCCGAUUUUGCGAUGCAAGAUGCGCCGCAUGACAGUUUGGAGACAGAUGAGAACAUCAAAUCGAUGUACGAGAACGUCACACAACCAAAACCGCCCGCUUUUUACGAGAAUUUGGACUACAAGUCGGCGGAAAAAGAGAAAAACGGGACUUUGCGCGAGUCGGGAUACAAAGAGAUCGAGUUUGAGUAUGAAGUGCCUACAAAAAUCGAGAUAAGAACGCAAAAUGUCGACGUCGACGCGUGCAAUAACACACCAACGAACCACAAAAAGUCAGUUCGGCAGUUGGCAAAUAAAUUCGAAACUAGUCCCAUUGAUGUUCAGCCUCCUUUUGACUUUUCCUCGCAAAAAGGAAAAAAUAAUCUGCCGUCUCCGACGACGCCAAAUCGCAUCAAACCCCCGACAAUCGCGAAAGAUUUGUCGCCGAACAUCACCCGAAGCCUCGAUGAGAAUGCUUUUGUGCGGGAAUUCGGUAGCGGAAGAAAAUCCGCGAUUUUAGCGCCGGUCGAGAUGAAAGGCGUCCUCGUCGAAAACAAUAAUUCGUCGAGUCGACGCAAAUCUGGCGACAACAUGAAGCCCAAAAUGCUGAAUCAACCGAAAAAAUUGCCGGGACUCAAGCAAAAUGACGCCGAAAUUUGCAAACAACAAUCAAAACGUGACUCGAUGCCGCCUCCGGUGCCGCCAAAAAUCACGCCCACAUCGGAAAAUCGCAUUUCCCUCAUCCAAGCGAAUUUUGCGACUCAAUCUUCGGACGAUGAGCGCACUUCUAGCCUCAAAAUGCUCGGCAGUUGCAAGCUAGAUCGCGAUCGCAUCGAACGCAUCAAGGAAGAGCGACGAAAUCAGUUGCAGGAAAAAUUCAGGUCGGAAUCGUUUCGCACGGAAAAAGAAGAAACGCAAAAAGCCAAGUCAAAGUCGCGAUCGGAUAUUCGGGAAAGUGUCACGGAGAAGCCAAUUACGUCGAGUUUGCGUGUAAAAUCGAAAUCACGAGCGGAAUUGCCGGUCACGACACCGACACGAAUCUCCAUUGAUGGGCAAGAAGUGCAAUUGAGACCGCCGUCGAGUGCAGCAGCGGCAGCGACACGACAACAACAAAUUAACUCACUGAAGCUAGACGAUACCAAAGACUACAAGCGAAACAGUUCGAACAAAACAACCACAUGUGAUACGAAUAAACGGGAUUCCGUUGGAUCGUUGGGACGCAAAAGUAUUGGGCCCGCCGAUGAAAUGGCAGCGAAACAGGAGAAGUUUAUCACGAGUGCCAAUUCAACGGACCGAAUGUCAAUAAAAGACGUCGCUGCGAUGUUUGAGUCGAAAUCCCACACAAACUACUAACAUAUUUAUAACGAAAAAUAAAUAAUAAAUCAACAAUAAACUACUAACAGGACAAGUAAUUUUUACACUUUUUUAAUAUAUUUAUUACAAUUCUUACU